AUGACCGGGGGACAGCUUGUGAUCUUGGCGCCUUUGGAGUUCGGCUUCGAUGAUGUGCCUGGAGCACCCUUGAUCGAAGGUGACAAGCAAGCGAGGAAUUUCAAUCUCUCAGCUGUGCCGUACACGUGGCGAAUGGCAGAGCGCUACUGCCUCAUCGUGGAUCGUGGAAACCCCUUGGAUGGGACAGGGACUGGAGACACUCGCACAGCCCGGGUCCCCACAGCUGCACAGGUCCGCGUCAUCACACGUUACCAGGUCAACCCUUUUGAUUUGCGACCGCCCAAGACCUUUCAUCCGAAUGCCACCUUCAUCCUGCAUUUCUGGAUCCAUCCGCCCUUCACCUUUAGGCCUUCAGAGGCGUGGCACCUGGAAAGCUUCAGCCCCAAUGGAGAGGAGUUGGAUAUUGGCACCACCAUGGGAUGGGAGGUGAUCCGAGUGAUGAACACCUUCGAGCACAGCAACACGGGUGGAAUCAACAAAUACACACAGACCAUUUCACCGGCUGUGACGCAAGGACUGUCCUUGAUCCCAAACUUCGUCAUUGACUUUGUCCUGCCCGCUAAUGCCUGGUUGGCAGACAAGUUGGUCCUUACAGCGCCUAAGAACUUCCUGAUGCAGCUGCCAUACAUGGAUGGCAACGCGAAGGUGGUCUCCUUGCGCGCGGAUCUCGAAGGCACCUCGCCGCCCUUCGCGCACGACUUGGCGGAGCAUGACUGCAUCGAUACCACGGUCGGCCCCAAUGGGCCGAAUGGAACCGCCUUCCGCAACCGGAGACUGGUGCACAUGGAGAAUGUCAUGACGCCACGGCAACAUCACUUCAAAGAAGCAGUUCAGCUUCCAAAGCUUCUUCGAUAUCCAUCAUUGCCCAAGGACUUCACAUUAGAAGAGGGCAACGAGGAAUAUCAAGAGCGAGAGGUCUUGCUACAGCUCUUCAGGGAGUUCGCGCUGGAUAUGAAUCGGGGCAGGUAUUUGACACAGCUGGGAUCGAAUCAAGACUAUUCGGUGAUUCAUUGCCAAGUGAUGGAUGACCUGCAAACCUUGAAGGUGGAUCAAGGAAAUGGUUGUAUCAUCGAGUUCCCUCUCACCGGCGUCUCCAAAGUCUACCGCAUCGUGAAGACCGAUGAGCGCCUCACCUCGAUGUCCAGCACACCCGCGCAGAACAUCGAACAUAUUGUGGUGGUGGAGUUUAUGCGACGAAAAUUGGCCUUCGUCUUCACGGAGGUCCAGGAGGCCCAGCGGUUUUUGCUUUGCAUGGAGCUGAUGAUCCGACGGGCACAGGAGGAAGUCCGGGAUGGUGCUGACGGUCAAAGCUGUCCAAGAGGGUCGCAGGCGCGAAGCACUGCUGGGACGGCACCCUUUGGGGGUCAAAGGCGUCCGGUGCGGCCUCUGUUGGGAGAGCCCAAGACCAACACUGGAGUGGAGUGCGUUUGCAAACACGAGUGA